AUGACCUCUGCUAACCUGCCCGAGCUGGCCACCCGGAAGAGCACCGGCAAACCCAACGCCACCAUCCUGCGCAAUCUCACCGAAAAUCUGCCGAAUUUUAACAAGGCGAAAGCGCAGAAGCUGAUGCUGGGUGGGGCGGCGAAUCUGGGCGAAAUCUUUCGCGGCACCCCGGAGAAGCUCGGCGAAUAUCUGCCCGACGACGGCGACACGCUCAGCCUGCUUUUCAAUUACAAUUUCCGCGACCAG